GUGGGGAGCACGCUGUCAUCCUCCUGACUUCCGGCUGUCACCCCAGGUGUUCAUCUGAGUCCCCUCCGUGGCAAGUGUCGCUGCGUGUGAGUACUCCCCUGCCCCGGCGAGAGACUGGGGAUGGAGGGCUGGCUGUGCACCACCUCACACUGCUCUAGUACUAACCUGUGUGCUUCAGUAGGCUGGACUUGAUAUCUGCUCAGGCUCAAGUCAAUACACAUGUCGUCUCUUGGUCAAAGAGGUAAGUGAAAAUGUGGUGUGUGUUGAAUGCCACAAAGCACUGUGUUCCUUGCUGCACUGAGCUGUCAAUGUGUGUUGCUUGUGUCCACUUACUAACACCUGAGACCGCUGUGUGACUGUGCUGAGCGACGGACUUGCCUGUGCGGUGGACCAAGGCCGGCGGCACAGCGAGCGUUGCACCUCCGCAUGUGCCGCGUGGCCCACUGCUGUACAGGCUCCUCAGGCAGCUGGAGUGCACUGCUUGCUAGAAUAUCAGGGAGCUUGGUGUGAGUGAGGGUAGGAGCCUGUGAAGUGACUGUAGAGCAGAGCUGUCUGUAACAUGACUUGAUUGUUCUGAGUGAGAGAGAAACAGCUCCCAAGAAGCAGCCCUUGCCGGGGAGGUGAAGCGCCACCUAGCGUGCAGCAACACCACUUCCUCAGCCGGUCAGGGCAAGGUGGUGACCCAGCGCUACACUUCCCACUGUUGUGAUGAGACCGUCUGUUGCACCCUUUCAGACUCAUGUAACACACCUCCCGCCGCCAUGGAGGGAGGCCGCCGCAAGCUACACACCACCGCCGGCAAAGGAGGAAGCGAUGAGUGUGCGCUGAGUGUUGGGGACAAGGUGGUGUGGCUCAGUGACGACUACCCAGAGUUUGGCAUGGUGCGGUGGACGGGCAAGCUGCCGGGCGGCGGCGAGUCUGGCGGCUGGAAGGUGGGCGUGGAAUUUGACAACCCGGUAGGGAACGACAACCACAAGGUGAAUGGGCGGCUGCUGUUUGAGGCAGAACCCGGCCACGCCUCGGUGCUGCCGGUCAACAAUCUGAUGAAGGCGGAGGACCUGCUGGGCAAGGAGUCCCUCACGCCAGAGCAUGGCGGCCGCCCUGCCCCUCCCAAGCGCCCCACCCACGUCAUCACCAAGAGUGACAACCAGCUGGGGGCAGACAUGAACAGCAUGACUCCCUUCCACAUGCUGGCCUUUGAGCAGCUCACCACUCCCACCAGCCAGCGUGGACCCGGGCCUCCGCCUUCGUACUCAGAGAAGGAGUGGGAGCUGCUGCCUCACAUGACCUAUGGACAGAAGAACUCCAUGAGCAACAAGGACUCAGGACACGACCACAAGCCACGCCAGAGGGACAAGGGCAAGAUUCUGAACCGCAACAUGGAGAAGAAGAACAACAAGUGGAAGUCGUCGGGGUGCACCAGCGGGCGCCCCCUGCAGGUGAACAGCGAGCCAGAGCAGACUCAUCCUGUGGGCAGUUUUGGGGACUCAGACCUCCCUGUCCACCCGCUGUGCCACCUGUCUCUGCACGGAAUAGACCAGCUGGAGGUGGUGUCUGACGGUGACGGCGUGUACGACACUCCUGAGGGCAGCUUGGAUGGGGAGGAGGACCUGGAUAUCGGCUCUAUGGUGGAGGUGGUCAUCAAGGAGGUGCCCAGGUUUGGUGUCAUUCGCUGGAUUGGCAACAUACCCGGAGACAAGAAGGAUGGACGGAAGGCAGCGGGUGUGGAAAUGGAGGACUCAGAGGACGGGUUGUCGGACGGAACCUUCAGCGGCAAGAGGUACUUCAGCUGUGCUCCCGGCAAGGCUCUGUUUGUGCUGCUGCGUAUGUGCCACAAGGACAGCCGCUUCCUGGAGUCCGUCUCCUCCAACCCAAGGGCCAGCCUAGCCUUUGGAAGCAUGGAUUGCCAGCCGGUGGGUGGGAGUGUGGCUCCCCUGUCUGCCCCGGAUGAUGUGAGGGCAAUGUUUGGCAAGAACCGAGGCAUUCAGGGGCACCAGAACUCAUGUUACCUGGACGCCACACUCUUCAGCAUGUUUGCAUUCACCAGCGUGUUUGACAACCUGCUGUUCCGGCCACAAACGGCGCACGACAUCAAGGAGUACAACGAGGUGCAGCGAGUGUUGAGGGAGGAGAUCGUCAAUCCGCUGCGGGCAAACCUGUUUGUGCGUGCCGACCGCAUCAUGAAGCUGCGCACCAUGCUGGACCACCUGUCCUCCGUGCGUGGCCUCACUACUGAGGAGAAAGAUCCGGAAGAGUUCCUCCACUCGUUACUGGCACAGAUCCUGCAAGCUGAGCCUCUCCUGCAGCUGUCGUCUGGCCAAGAAGCCUACCACUACCAGCUGUUUGUGGACAAAGAUGAGAAGCUGAACCUGCCUUCUGUCCAGACUCUCUUUGACCAGUCUUUCCUCACCUCAGACAUUAAGCUUAAACAAGUUCCGUCCUGCUUGAUCAUCCAGAUGCCUCGCUUUGGGAAGGACUACAAGAUGUACCCUCGCAUUCUGCCCUCCAUGGUGCUGGAUGUCACUGAUGUCAUAGAGGAUUCUCCCCGGCAGUGCAUCAUCUGUGGCAAGCUAGCAGAGUACGAGUGCCGGGAAUGCUUCGGGCAGUGUGGCUCGGGCCUGGAGAGUAUCGCGUUCUGUGCCAAGUGCAUGGAUAAGGUCCACAGCCACAAGAAGAGAGGCGCCCAUGCAUCAACACGCAGGCUGAAGGUUCCCCCAGACUUCCAGAUGCUGGCUGACCACUGCGGCACAAUACCAAGGGUGUACAUGGAGCUGUUUGCCGUGGUGUGCAUCGAGACUUCUCACUACGUGGCCUUCACCCGCUGUGGCUCCGGUGCUGAUGCCACCUGGUGCUUCUUUGACUCCAUGGCAGACAGGAAAGGUGAGCAGCACGGGUACAACAUCCCCACGGUGGUGGAGUGUGGGGACCUGAUGCAGUGGGUGGGGGAUGAGGGCAGCCAGAUGCUGCACGCCGUCACGGACAACAAGGCACUGCCGGACCUGCCACGCCGCCUGCUUUGCGAUGCCUACAUGUGCUUCUACCAGAGUCCCAAGGUCAUGAUGUACAGAUAAAGAUGAGUACGUUAUUUUUAUAAUGUAAAUAUAGACUUUAUAUUGACCUUGUCAACUCAACAUUAUCAGUCGUUAAUAAUGAGAUGCUUUAUUGCAUGUUGUGUAAAUACUACAUUAUUUAUAUUGACUCCCAUCUGAGAUGUUGAAAAUUGAAAAUGGAUUUCUUACAAUAAUCCAGCAUAUUUCUAUCAAUAUGAAGUGCACUGUGAACCUUGAAUGCUAUGAUAUACUUGUUAAGUGCAUAAAACACUAAAUGAAUAUGAAAUAUGCAUAUGAUAUAUAUAUAUAUAUAUAUAUAUAUAUAUAUAUAUAUAUAUAUAUAUAUAUAUAUAUAUAUAUAUAUAUAUAUAUAUAUAUAUAUAUAUAUAUGCACAAUGCAAUUUGUUUUGCAACAUGCCUUGUGCUGAAGAUAAGCUUGUAUUUAUAUUUAACAUUUUAUUUAUUUGAAAAUGGAACACAGCCGUGAUUGUUGUCCGUGUGUCUGGCAGUCACCUGUCAAGAUGUUAGGAAUGAAUGAAUGACGUACACUUGGCAGUUUAACUGAACAAAAAAUCUUGAGUUGUUCCAAAUGUUUUGAUUUUAUGUAUUUAUAAGUGCCAAUGAAAAGUUAUGUGACUGAGAUAAUGAAAUAGAUUCAUGAUGUGAACUUUUCAUACCAGCUUUUGAAACAUAAUGUUGAACUGUGUUGCUUAAUUUCAGAAGCAGUUGUGGUGCAUGAAUGUGGUUUGUACUUUCCAUGUUUGUGUGAAUCAUUGUAACAAUCUGUGUCCAAUGAAGAGAGCGGGCAUCAGAGAGACAGCUUUCCUUGGCUUGCUUGCAAGAUCUCACUAUUUUGUUUCUAAUUUUCUGUAAGAUGUUACUGGGCGUUAGUGAGCCAUAUUGUGUCUUCCUUGGAGGGGUGGUGGAGAACUGGCACUGGCGUUCAGGACGAGAGGAAGUUUCUGAUUGAGAGCCUUGAGCUGCAGGUUGAUUUCAUGUGUUUACUUCCUGGAAAACCCAUGUCAUGCUAGAUAAGUUGGCAGGACCAAAAAAAAAAAAAAAAUAGAAAUCCACCUCAACAAACACACACACACACACACACACACACACACACACACACACACACACACACACACACACACACACACGCAGUUUAUCAAAUUCCCUUUCCAUUUCAUAAAUUAGUCACGUCAGACAUUAACAAAAUACAAAUGUUAAAAUUAUAGGCUUAUUUUGCUAGUAGAUCUUUCUUACAGUUUGGUAAUUUUGGAGUCAGGAAAGUGGCAGGUUAUAUGAAAACCCACAGGAGCCUUAUUGUCUUGAUUAACCAUUUUGUUUGUGUGUGUGUGUGUGUGUGUGUGUGUGACAACCUUUGUGUUGGCAGUGUCACAAUUGGACUGUUGUGUUGUUGGGCUUCAGGUCUGUACUCUGGAACACUUUGGUCUCUCACUACAACUAUUUCCUCUCAGUGACAGACUGAAUUGAUAGGAUGCCAUGAUGUCCUCUCCCAUUAAUAUUUCUCCAGGCAACAGAGGUGUUUCAUAGGGUCCUCAUGAUGUUUUCUCCUAUUAACAACAGAAUUCUUGUUAAUCAGUUACUGGAGUCCUUUGAAAAGCCCAUUAACUUCCACUGGAGACUGAUACAUGUAGUCAAAGUAAGGAGUCAAAAUAUUUGUGAAUACAGAUCUGGGCCUUCCUUAUCAUGUUGAUGGCACUUAUCUUUGCUUUAACCCUCUGACUGCUGCUGCAUCUUGAACAUGACAUAAUGUAAGAUAUGUGAGUUGCCACUGGUGGAUACCAUGGUGUGGUGGGAAGCUCAGCCGCCCUCUUGUGUGAGUUGCCACCGGAGGGUACUGUGUUGUGGUGGGAAGCUUAGCCGCCCAGCAAACAGAAGGUCCGGGGUUCAGUCCCUGAGUGGUGCUUACUUUUCUGGACACUCCCUCACUCCUGCAACACUUGAGGCAAAAUGUGUGAUCAAGUAGUUCAAACUUUUUAGUGCCUAGAAACUUACUUUUUUGUUCUGUGAAAUUGUCAAAGAUUAUUCAAGUGAAGUGCUGCUGACAAGAAUUGUAUUGUCACUAGCAGUCAAAUGGUUAAGUGGUCCUGGAACAUUGCUGUUGUUGUGAGCAAGGGAAUUGUGUAAAUGAAAGCUUUUCAAGUUUGAUAUACAGUAUUAAAUUCUAACGCUGAUGAUAACCCAUAACAAAUUUUGCAAUUGUAACACCUGUAAUAAUUUAUGGUACAUAGUGUGUUUACAUGAGUCUUUGUGAAGGGUAUUUGCUGUUAAAGUCUUGCAACACUGCAUGCAAGAAAUGUGUGAUUUUUAAGUGAAUGCAAGAAGUGUGUGAUUGUAUGGUUAGUGCAGAGCUGUCUCACAUGGUUCAUUGUACACUUUGUAUGCUUUCUUAUAUGAAAGGAACAUUUCACUCUAGUCAGUCUCUUUCAUAGACUACAUUUCUUGGUUGUAAGUAGGUGUACUUUGAAUGCUUCGUUAUUAUUACUUUUUUAUAUCUAUUUAUCUUUUUAGAGUCCUGUAGUGUUCCAUCUUGUGUUAUGCUGUAAGAUUUUGUGUGCAAGAGAAGCAAGGGAGUGUUGUUCAAUUUUUCAUACUAUGACUAUACAUUAGAAACAUACACACCUUCACUUCAAAAUUGACCUUGAGAUGCCUGGAGAGAGAGAAACACUUCCCACCUGUAGAGUUUGAAAUGUGGACUCAUUGUGUGCUGAACUUUAAGUUAUGGGACUAGUGUGCAUCUCAAACACUGGAUUUGCUGUCACUCACUUCAGCUUCCUCAGAUGAUGAUUAUCUUCAGUGUGCUUAGGUGUGUGUUUCCUGGUCACAAGGGAAUUGGUGGCCCUCCAGAAUAUGCUUGAUAAGUGCAGGGAUCCCUCAUAACUAUAUCUAUAUACCAGCCCGGCAGUCCCACACACAUUGUUCCAGACAGAGCACCACUCAUUUACUUACACACAUGGAGAUUUAAUAAACAUCUGUAGAAUGAUGAAUGGUAUGGAAAAUGUGGACAAAGAAUGCUUUAUAAAUUUAGAUUUAGAGAGUACAAGGAAACUUAGUAUAAAGUUGAAGAGAGUUAACUGUAGAAGAGACAUCAAGAAGUAUAGUUUUUCUCACAGAAGUGUGAACAAAUGGAGUGAACUCAGUGAAGACAUUGUGAAUGCCAAAACUGUCCAUGGUUUUAAAAGAUCAAACUGGAUAGAUAUAGAGACGGAAUACUACUCGUAUGAGAUUACUCACCUCUCGUAAACCACAACUAGGUAAAUACAUCAUGCACAAUCUUACCCUUAUUGGCUCCUGGUGGAAAGGGACAGACUCUUGGACCACCAUACUUAACUGAACUGCUAAAAGAGCCAUGCUUUUCUGGAGAUAAAAAGUGAUCUUGGCCAAUAGGUAUCCAUCCCUCAUUACAGUACUUGUGUUGUGAUCCCUGGUCCCUGGAAUUCAGUAACUAAGCCACCAGAAGUCAUGUCACCAAAUAUCACAAUAGAAACUCUCCUGAAAGACUGAUGACAAAUUUCCAUCUCCUUUGCUUGCCUGCACAGUUUCCUUGCACCACAGUGCUCUCAUUGCCCCAAUGUAUUGCUUUCUCACACAGUUUAGUUGUCUCUUCAUUUCUAAAAUGCAUAUAUCCAAAGAACACAGGGCAGUUUCUGAAUUUCUUGUCUGCUGUUUGCUAUGAUUCUCCUCAACACAGACAUAACCAAACACAGCAGAUUAGGUGCACCACAGUGUAUCUAGUGGCAGUGUGAACCAUGCAACAUAAGGAAACAAGUUCUUUCACUAGUUAAGGGAAGUAAAAUUCAGGCAGAUGAUGUUACAUGAAGAGAAGUGUCAUUAGUUACUGAAGUAUAGAAAUAUUUAGACACUUUGUGCCUCAUAAUGAUGUAUAUUAAACAUCUCAAAAACAGAGAAGCAAGCAAUUCAUCUUGACAGGACCACCAGGCGACAUUAUUUGAUGUCCGCCCUGCACUGUGACAGAUUACACUGCAGGCUGUUGUUUACUGGUUAAGUUUUGGGGACUUAGACAGAAUUUGAUGUACAGGUGAGAUGAAAAAAUAAACACAAUAAAAUAAAAUAGAAAGCAAAAGGUUACCUCAACUGGAUCUUUCAUUGCUAGCACUGACAAAAUUUGCUGUACACGUGAAAUGAAGGAAAUAAUACAAUGAAACAAAAACAAGAAAGUAAAAGGGUAUUCCAGCUGGGUCUUUCAUUACUAGUGUAGUAUUCUGAGGAAAAAAAAAAUCUUGUACAAAAAUCAAUGUUGAUCUAAAUUGUUGUAUUAAGACUAUAUUAAUUAAAUAGCCAUAGUGGUACUUGGUGGUGACUGGAAAUGUUUGGUUGUUAUGAGGCAGUGGAUCAGCUGGUGAUGGAGCGUAGCCUGAGUGGAUUACGUAUCUCUCUCUCUCUCUCUCUCUCUCUCUCUCUCUCUCUCUCUCUCUCUCUCUCCAUAAGCUGAGGGUGUUCUGUCCUGUCAUGCUGUCCUUCCACUCCCCUCAUGUAUGCAAGAAUCAUGAAGACAGUGGACAGUGUUAAUAUUAUCAAUUCUGGAACUUACAACCAUUACUAAAGAAAUUUGAUCAUUUGA